AUGGGUGCGCGCCAGCUCUGGAGGUUGCGUCUCUCCUUGGAGAGCUUUCAGGCGCCAUGUCGGCACUGGUCAAGCUGUCAGCUCCGACCUUCGGGACACAGCAAGUGGGCAAAGAUCAAACAUGACAAGGGUAAGGCAGAUGCGGCGAAGAGCAGAGUCCGUACCCACCUAUCUGCGGACAUCAUUAUGGCUUCAAAGUUGGGCGGGCCUGAUCCCACCAUGAACUCCAGACUGGCACAUGCGAUCGCAGUCGCCAAAAAGGGCCAGCUCUCCAAGACUGCCAUCGAGAACGCCAUCGCAAAAGGACAGGGGAAAUCUCCAAGUGGCCAAGCCCUUGAAAAUGUCACCAUCGAAGCUAUGCUACCUCACGGCGUUGCGGCUAUGAUCGAGUGCCAGACAGACAACAAAGCGAGGACGCUGACAGAUAUCCGGUACAUCAUCACCAAAGCCGGCGGCACAGUCACCCCUACAGCAUUCAUGUUCGAGAAGAAGGGGCGCGUCUCGUUUGAAGAGCAGGAAAAGAUCAGUGUGGAAGAGGCGCUUGAGGAUGCUAUCGAGGCAGGAGCCCUGGACAUUGCUUCGGAAGAGAACAAGCUGGUGGUCGAGACAGAGCCCGGUGAUGUUAUAGCUGUUGCUCACAAGCUUCAGAGCAAGCUGGGAAUCCAAGUGGAAAAGGCAGAGGUGGUCUACAUGCCGAAUGAGGAUUCCAUGGUUACCCUGUCCGCGCAACAGGAGGAAGAGGUGCAGACUAUUUUAGACUCGUUAGAGGAAGACCCGAGUCUUCAGAAUCUGUAUAUCAAUGUUGGGCCUGCAUGA